UGCAGUGCAUAAUCUGCAGCACGAACAACGGUAUUGUCGGUGUUGUUCAUCGCGCCUAAUCGAGUUAUCACGUUGUACAUACAUCUCGCUUUACGUGAUCACAAAGAGACACGAAAGUGCUCAAUUUUUUUUAUCGGGAUAACCGAUCACCGCUCUUUCGUAUCAAUUGAAUUUCAUCCGCGAACGGAAAACCCGAAGAGCCCACGAGAGAUAACCUAGUUACCCAUAAUCGUUCCUCAUUGCAAUUUCACGGUAGUAGUCGCAACUUUUUUGAUACAACAAUACGACCCGAUAUAGCGGUGCGGUUCGAACAUACCGCUUGUGAUAAUUUUGGCAAAUUUUCAGCCAAACAAUUCGGCUCGUUCGCGAUCUGAUUGGUAAACGCGUCUGUGUUGUGUGGUUCACACGCGUGUGCGCGCGUGUGUGAGACUCGUGUGCGUAUUCCGUGCUGUGGAAUGCGCCAGAGUGGCGGUCAACGAGCGACGUCGUGAAACCCUGAAACCGGCGGAGAUCGUUCUCGCUGCGGCAAGUGCAAGGCAGUCGAUACAGUCGAUACAGUCGAUACUAUGCGCCACGACGAAUCGAGACACAUAAAUGCGCCCGGAAUUGGAGCGCGAAGCAGCACGUGAAGUUUCAAGGGCGGUCUGGCAUCAAUACAUAUAUUGCACAUUUAUUUUCUAUUUAUUUUGAGACUGCUUAGAGAGAAAGCGAGAGAAAGCGAGAGAGAGAGAGAGAGAAAGAUGAGAGCAUUCGAGGGCGCAGACUGGCCUACGAGCGUAGCGGCGUUGUCGUACGGGGAAGACGUAGUAAUGAAUUUGUUUAUAUUUUUUGUAUUUGCCGAUGAUCCUCCCGUCGAUGGUCGUUUCGCUGGACGGUACCAGUUGGAGUAUACAACAGCAACCGCAACACCAACUGCUGGUGGUGGACUCGGUCGCGCAGCAGCAACAGCAACCGCAACAGAUCGUCGCGUUGAAUCAGAUCGUCGCAUCAAAUCAGAUUUCAUCAUCGGGAGGUGAUCCGCAGCAACAGUGCCACAAAAUGACUGACCAGCGAGACCAGCAGCAGCAGCAGCAACAGCCGCAGUCCCAGUUUCAACAGCAACAGCAACAACAACAGAUCAAAGGCAAUGAGGAACCAAGAACAAAUCUGAUUAUUAAUUACCUUCCGCAAAACAUGAAUGAGAAGGAAUUGUACAGUCUAUUUGUCACGAUUGGUCCAGUCGAAUCCUGUCGAGUCAUGAAGGAUUACAAGACUGGAUACAGCUACGGCUUUGGUUUUGUCAACUAUGCGAAAGCUGAGGACGCGGCGACAGCGAUAAGCACAUUAAAUGGUCUUCAAGUGCAAAAUAAACGUCUGAAGGUCUCGUUCGCUCGGCCUUCUGGAGAAGAAAUUAAAGAAACGAAUCUUUACGUUACAAAUUUACCAAGAAAUAUUACGGAAAGCCAAAUCGAUGAACUCUUCAGUAAAUAUGGCAAUAUUGUGCAGAAGAAUAUAUUGAGGGAUAAACUGACCGGUUUACCGAGAGGAGUAGCGUUUGUUAGAUUCGAUAAGAGGGAGGAAGCCCAAGAGGCUAUCGCACGACUUCACGGUACAAUACCGGAGGGUGGAUCAGAACCGCUUAGCGUAAAAAUCGCAGAGGAACACGGCAAACAAAAAGCGGCGUAUUAUGCGGGCUGGCAGGCAGGAUACAAUCAAAGCCGCGGAGAGCGUCUGUACUCGACGAGGAAUAAAUAUCAGCGUUAUGCUCAUUAUCUAUACUGAAAGGCGACAAGUGUUGUUGUUAUUGUUGUUACCGCCUUGUCGUUGAACGUUCCGAAUGUCACGUACACGCACACGCGACCGUCCUUGCAGUUGUAAUCAAACGAAGGCUUCGCGACUUCAAUUCACAGAAUUGGGAUUGUAGACGUAAACCUACUCGCAAUGUGUUCCAUCGAUGUGAUUUGUAAUCGUGCAAGGAACGUUCUCUGCUCGGCGGUCCAGAUAGCGACGGUCUUAGAUAGCAAAUUGUUUGUUAAUUGUGUAAAUUGCGCUCGCCGAAUCGUUUAUUAUAAAUUGCGUUAAUUCUACGUUAUGUUAUAUCUCGUUUUAUGCAAUUAGGACGUAAUUUCCAAAAGUUUAAGUUGAUUUUAGCGUUUAAGUUGACGUUAGCAAAAAUAUCGAAGAAUAUCGAGUGUAUUCCAGAAGUGUGAUGUAUAAAUUUACAAGACAAACACAGACAAACACAGACGAGAAGUAAACUGUAGGAC